CCAUUUCUUUCGAUUUUGGUUCCAAGUACCCAAAAUAGUUUCAAACUCCUCUGCCAAUGGCGGCAUUAUCAUUCCCAUAGCGCACAUUUGCAGCUUAUAUACACAGACUGCAUUUCAGUUUAUCUCUCACCAACAAUUCUUGACUUCUCCCUUUGUGUUUUUCUUGUGUUCCCCAGUUCGAGUGCCCGGCGAUGGCGAACCAAGAGAAUUGCGUGAGGGUCACUCGAUUGGCGGCGAAGAAGAGAGCAGCACAAGAGGCCACCGCCGGCGAGAAGAGCAAGAAGCAGAGGGUGGUGCUGGGCGAUAUUCAGAAUGUACUUUCCUCGCAAAAUGUCUGCGAGAAGGGGAAAGGUAAUUCUAAGAGGAAGUUAAAAGAAGGGAAAUUGGGUGGUAAGAAGAGCCUGAAAGUGGGGAAUGAUCCGGCGAUUGAUUUGGACGGGAAAAUCGAUGACCCGCAGAUGUGCGGAGCUUAUGUUUCUGAUAUACACGAGUACCUUCGCAAAAUGGAGUUUCUAAUAAUUCUUAAAAUAUUAACCCAGAAGGAGGCAAAUAGAAGGCCUUUGCCUCAUUACUUGGAGAUUGUUCAGAGUGACAUAAAUGCAAACAUGCGAGGGGUUUUGAUGGAUUGGUUGGUUGAGGUUGCUGAGGAGUACAAGCUUCUUUCAGACACAUUGUAUUUGACAGUUUCCUAUAUUGAUCGAUUUUUGUCCACGAAUGUCAUAAACCGGCAAAGGCUUCAGCUUCUUGGUGUUUCCUCAAUGCUCAUUGCCUCAAAGUAUGAGGAGAUAACUCCUCCACAUGUGGAAGAUUUUUGCUACAUAACUGAUAACACGUACACUAAGGAGGAGGUUGUGAAAAUGGAAGCCGAUGUGCUCAAAUCCCUUAAAUUCGAAAUGGGGAAUCCAACUGUGAAGACAUUUCUUAGGAAAAUUAUCAGAGUUGCUCAAGAAGAAAAAGGGCGUUCGAGCUUGCAGUUAGAGUUCUUGGGUUACUAUCUAGGUGAACUAAGUUUGCUGGAUUAUGGGUGUGUGAAAUUCUUGCCAUCUUUGGUGGCUGCAUCAGUCAUAUUUCUCGCGAGAUUUACACUUAGUCCUAAGCAACAUCCUUGGAGUUCGGCCUUACAAUGCCAGUCAGGAUAUAAAGCAUCAGAUCUACAAGAAUGUGUUUGCUUAAUUCAUGACUUGCAAUUGAGUAAAAAAGUUGGCUCUUUGACUGCAGUGAGAGAGAAAUACAAACAGCACAGAUUCAAAUGUGUAUCGACACUGUCUUCACCUUCAGAUAUACCCGAGUCGUAUUUUGAUGAUCGUUAAGGUGUCUGAUCAGGGACAAGCCAUUUAAGACUCAAACUCAUGGAAAUGUAUAUAGAGCUUUCAAGUUAUAUGGCUAGAUGUAUAUGUUCUUGUUCGACUGAGGAUUUAUUCCUGUACAAGCUUUGGUUGGAAAGAUGUUUUUUCAUGAACAAUAUUCAGAAAUAUUGCAUGAAGUUUUGCGAACGAGUGGUAUGUAGGAACCUUGUGCAUUGAGUAGAUGUACGGUUUGUAUUUUUGGUCACAUACUUAAGGUCGAAUGUCACAAUUUUUUUUACCCCUUUCGUUUAGGCUUUUGAUGAUUUGUAUUGAAUUUUGAUAUCAGUAUCAUUGUUAUAAAAAUUUCUUUACUUGAGAAUUAAAUGGAUGAAGGAGCGAGUAGCGUGACGUUAGAGACGGUCUUACAGUGAUCAUGCUCAAAACACCCGCAGUUGGGUAAAAGAAGCGUAGAAGUUAGCUUUCUAACAAUUUUUGAAAAUUAAAUAGUUAAUUUUAGAACCCAUUUGCUCUGAAGAUAAAAACUUUUUUAUUUAUGCGUUAUUUAUUAAUGUGGUGGCUUUGUAUUAUCCAUCCACUUCAAUCUGUUAAACGACAUGGAGCUCACUAGCUGCUGCUGUUAUCUUCUUCUGCUAGCUCUGCCUUUACUCUCUCUCUUCAUCCUCCUCAAAAAACACUCUUCACAACAAAGCCCGAACCCGCCUCCAAGCCCGCGCUCUCUCCCCAUAAUCGGCCAUCUCCACCUCAUCAAGGACUCCCUCCACCUCUCUCUAGCUUCUCUCUCAUCCCUGCACGGCCCGAUUUUCUCCCUCCGACUAGGCUGCAGAUCGUUCGUCGUCAUCUCCUCUCCAUCCGCCGUCGAGGAGUGCUUCACCAAAAACGAUGUCGUCCUCUCCAACCGCCCCCGGACCAUGGCCGGAGAUCUGGUGACGUACAACUACACCGCCUACGUUUGGGCGCCGUACGGCCAUUACUGGAGGACCAUCCGCAAAGUGAGCGUCAUCGAGCUCUUCUCCGCGCGCAGCCUCCAGAUUUCCGCCCAAAUCCGCCAACAGGAAGCGCACAAAAUCCUCCGCGUGCUAAGCAGCGCCGGCAAUUCAUGGAAGAAGGCUGAUUUGAACUACCUGGCCUUGAUCUACAGCUUCAAUCACGUCGCGAGGGCUGUCGCCGGGAAAUCGAUGGUUGAGGAAGGUGAAAUUGGGAGUGAAUCGGGGAAGGAGAAACUGAAGCGGAUUCGUGGGAUGUUCUCGCCGAGCUUGUCGGAGGGGAUUUGCGAUUAUUUCCCGAUUUUGAGGCGGGUCGGGUACAAGGGGAUCGAGAGGGAUCUGAUCGCGUUGCAAGGUAAGAGGGAAGCGUUUUUGGAAGGGUUGAUUGGUGAGGUUAAGGGAGAAAUUGAUGGUGGUGAUAGACAGAAGAGCUGUUUGAUCGACGCCCUGCUGCGCCUGCAAGCAUCGGAGCCUGAAUUCUAUACAGACGACGUCGUCAAAAGCACUGUACAGAUGAUGUUCAUAGCUGGAACAGAGACCUCUGCCACAACAAUUCAAUGGGCAAUGUCACUCCUGCUAACAAACUCGGGCCCAUUUCUCAAACUCAAACGAGAAAUAGACAAUAAGAUCGGACACGACCGUUUGCUAAACGAAUCGGAUCUCGCCAAGCUUCCUUAUCUCUGUAGCGUGGUCAACGAAACCUUAAGACUUUACCCGCCAGCACCCCUCCUCUUACCCCACCACUCGUCCGAAGAUUUCAUGGUGGGAGGGUACAACUUGCCAAAGAGCACAACCUUGCUUGUGAACGUAUGGGCCAUGCAUAGGGACCCUAAACUGUGGGACCACCCGGAUAAGUUCGACCCAGACCGGUUCAUGGAUGGCGAGAUCGUAAAGGAGUUAGGUUGUCAAUUUUUGCCGUUUGGGAUGGGGAGACGUUCUUGCCCUGGGUCGGUCAUGGGGAUGAGGAUGAUAAUGUUGGUGUUGGGUUUGCUUGUGCAGUGUUUUGAGUGGGAGAAAGAGGUGGGGCGUGAAGAGAUGGAGGGUAAGUACAGACCACUCGCCCUGCAAAAGGUAAAGCCUUUGGAGGUUGUGUGCAUCGUUAGGCAUGAAGCUGCGCGUCUUAUGGCGCAACUUUGAUGCAGAAGAUAUAAACUCUCAAAAUGAUGUUCUAUGAGUUUCUUUUGAACAUUUUAUGUUGUUAUAUAUCUAUCCAAGAAUUUCGAGAUGAUGGGUCAAUUAUGGUGUUAGCGCAGACGGGGCUACAUGUAUCAGAGGGGAACAUACCUCCUAAACAGUGAGGAAAUAAUAUUACUAGUCAUGGUUCAAGCAUGCAACUCUUAAUGUGAGAAAUCGAGGAAACACUAUUUUUAAUUGUGUGUAAUGCUAUUAUUUAUUGUGUUUGUUGUUAUUUUUAGUUAUGAAUUAUUUUUUAGAAAAA